AUGUCGGCAGCGUCUAGAAACUCUUCCGGCUCGGCCAGUCGAAGCCCGAGGCACAGGAACCAGGUCAAUUUGUCUACAAUAGAGAAAUCCGUUACGCAUCUGCUCGUGGCUACCAAGCAGCUCCUCGAAACCCUCACGGCGUGGUCCCGCCAGCAGGCAACGGAAGCGGAGGUGUCGGAUGUGUACGUGCGACUCGGGUCCGAGUUCAACAUCGCUUGCAGGGCUUUUACCGCCAUCGGUGUCGAGACCGCAGAUCUAGGGAAUGUGCCGGAUUCUCUUCGCUCGAUAUUGGAGAAUACCCUGAGCCAGGAUGCGAGUCCGCAGAGUUUGGAUGUGUACCUCCCGCGCAUACGGGAGAUUAUCAUCAACCUACUACACGGUCUCAAGCGGAAGCAACAGAAGCUACGUCAAAAGCAGUCGAGGGAGAUUGGUGAGGGCAGCUCGGGGGGCGCCACGAGAGGUUCCAGUAGCUCGCUUGCGUCUUCGGCACGAACGAGCGGCGGGGGCGGCGGCGAUGCUAGUGGUUCGAGUGCUGAGCAGCAGGAGAUGACGCCGCCGAGAACUUCAUCGCUGCCAGGGGGGAACACCCAACGAAACUCACCACUCACCCAACCAGCAAUGCCACCUUCCGGAUCGGUGCGUGGCUCAAUGUCGACAACUGGCUCGCGAAGCUCCCAUCAGCACAGCACAUCGGUUUCCUCUUCUCAGGGGUCUACGGUUGGUCCUCCUCCGCCGGCGCAAGAUAAUACACCGCCUUAUCCUACUUCCGACAAUCCUCCCCAGAUAGCGGAGCCGGAGCCGCCGAGCCCGGUCUACACAAUCCUGCCCCCACCGCCCACGCCGCCCACCCAGGAUGCGCUGGCAGCCCUUCAGCAGCAUUCCUCGCUGGAGCGGAGAGCGUCGCGCCGGUACGAGGCCUACCAGAUCGCCAAGCUGUCGGGAAAGUCGGCGAGCGACGUCCCGGUGCUGCCAACUCGGGAUCCAUCGGUGAUUCCUCGGAACCGAGAGUCGAUGGAUGCGGUGCAGAAGCGUCACUCGGGCAGGGCCAGAUCGAUAAGAUCGAAAAAGGACCAGUCGCCAGCGACAAAUCCCCGCCGGAUAUCCGAAGAAAAGGAUUUCGAGGCAGCCCCGUCGCCGGUCGCACAGACUCCCGACGAAUCAGUUGGCCCAGCUUUCGCUAGGAAACCCGAGAGGCCGGAUAUCCAGAUCGAUACCAAUGUCAACUCGCCAGUCGCUGUGUAUCCGUCAUCCGCCACCGGAGACUCCGUCAUGAAUGGGAUGGCAGCCGUCGCUUCGCCGGAGCAACGGAGCAAUACGCCUUCGGAAACCACACUGUUCCUCCAGUUGGGCCGAUCGAUCAAGAAGGUUGCCCUGCCGGAUAAUCUGGACGAGCUAUCGUUGACAUCUCUGCGACUUCUCUUCAUCUCGAAAUUCAACUACAAUCCGCCAUCGGGAGAUGAUUUUCCGGAGAUUUAUCUGCAAGAUCCGGUUUCCGGCGUGCGCUACGAGCUUGAGGAUCUACAAGAUGUCAAGGACCGCUCCGUGCUCUGUCUCAAUGUCGAGGUUCUGGACGAGGUGAAGCGGCAUAUCGACGAUGGGCUCGAGGGACUCAAGAAGAUCGUGGUGAACUUGGCCGGUUCCGUGGAACAACAGGGACUACAGAUGACUCGCGUCGCGGAGAGGCAGGAGGAGGCCGCCAAAAAGAUUGCGGAACUUUCCGUUGCGCCGCCAAUAGUAGUGCCACCACCAGCUCCUACUCCCGCCGCCGCCACGGCCGCUUCGAAGUCUCCUGCGGCUGCAGCCAACAACGUUCUUUCGCCAGGAGACGCAGCUACAAAGCUCAAUGAAGUGAGGGACAUACGGAGGGAUUUGGCCGUGCUACGUCAAGUGUUUUCCACGUUCGUCGCCGACAUGAACACGUCCAUGAACACCGUCAAGACCAAGGCCACCGCGGUCAAGCAAGUCGCCGCCAAAGCCGUCACCAGCGGCAACGAGGGCCGCGUCUACGUCGAAAAGGGCAAAGCCGUUCUCGGCGGCGACGCUGACAACCUCGUCACCCGCGUCGAUGACCUCCAAGACACAGUCGAGGACCUCCGUAAGGACGUCGUUCUCCGUGGCGUUCGUCCGCUGCCGCGCCAACUCGAAGCCGUAUCGAAAGAGCUCGCAAUGGCAAAGGCCGAACUUAAGAAGAUGGCCGACUACAUUAAGCGUGAAAAGCCACUCUUCCGCCGGGUCUGGGAAAGGGAACUCGAAGUCGUCUGUGAGGAACAGGAAUUCUUCAGCAUGCAAGAGAACCUGAUUAAUGAUCUGGAGGACGACCUGGAGAAGGCGUCGCAAACCUUCGUGCUAGUCGAGCAGUGUUCGGAGCAGCAACUCAAGGCGAACGCCGCUGGCGCGCGCAACGCGGGCCCCAGGGGCUUUCCGGGUGUCCUUGACGACCCGCUCAACCCGACGGAGGCGAAAGUCAGCGUCCUGAGCGAAGUCCGCGCCCUCCAGCCGAACCACGAGAGCCGCCUCGAAGCCAUCGAGCGUGCAGAGAAGGCCCGCCAGAAGGAACUCGAGGGCCGCGUCCCCGCUUUCCAGAAGGAGCUGGGCGCUUUCGUUGAGGAAAAUAAGCUGCGCAAGACCGGCGGUGUCGAGGAGGCCGAAAGGCUCCGCAUUGCCCGCGAGGAGCAGGCGAGGAAAGAUAUUUGGGAGCUGAAGCAGAAGAUGGACGCGGCGGAGUCUGAGGAGGAGGAGUCCGACGACGAAGAGGACGACGAUGAUGAGGAAUCGGAUAGCGAGUCGGAGGCUGCGACAGAGGUGGCGGCGGCGGAGACGGUACCGGAGGCUGUGGCAGAGGAUGCGGGCAAGGAGAAGGAGAAGGUCAAUGGGCACACCUAACUGGCUAAUUGUGGGGUAGAUGGUCUUCUUGCGGG